ACUCCUUCGUUAUUGGACACACACACUACAAUCGCACGGGUUCGUCCAAUUGGCAAGGGUAUCUUGCUCUUCGUUCCCCUCGCACUGUUGUGGAUGCACCCAUGUGCCAACGCCUCCGCCCGCCUGCGACAAAGAUUGAAUCAGCGCAACUGA